GAUAGGUCUGAGUAAUUUGAGAAAGGAGGGUGUGAGGUCAAGGAUCUUCGAUGUUGUAGACUUUUGUAAGGGCAAAGGGCUCAGUCAGGAUACAGCAAGACUCCAAACAACUUGUGUGUUCGUUAAAAGGUAACAAAGGAAGAUGCUGUUUAUCCUGCUGACCCUCCUCUCCCUCCUGUCCCAGGAAACCAUUUCUUAUCCUCUAUCAGGUUCUAGCUCAUCUCUUCGAUUUAUAGCUUUGGGUGAUUGGGGAGGACUGCCACUCCCCCCAUACUACACGCAACAGUUGUUAAAAGUGGCAAAGGAAAUGGGCACAACGGUUGACAAAUUGGGAGCAAACUUCAUCCUGGCCCUGGGAGAUAAUUUUUAUUAUGAAGGUGUCCAAGAUGUCAAUGAUCCCAGGUUUAAGACCACAUUUGAGUCGGUGUUUGCAGCAGAGUCCCUUCGCAAUAUUCCUUGGUACAUCCUAGCUGGAAACCAUGACCACAAGGGGAAUGUGUCUGCUCAGAUCGCUUACUCCAACAUAUCUGACCGCUGGCACUACCCCGAUUAUUACUAUGACCUUGUCUUUAAGAUUCCUGAGAGCAAUGCGUCUGUGCGUCUCCUGGUCAUGGACACCGUUCUUCUAUGUGGAAAUUCUGAUGAUAACCUGGAAGGUCAACCGCGUCAACCAGCAGAUUAUAAAAUAGCAAAUAUCCAGUUAGACUGGUUGACAGAAAAGUUACAAUCUGCAAAAGAAGAGUAUGUGCUGGUUGCUGGGCAUUACCCAGUGUGGUCAGUGGCAGAACACGGGCCAACUGACUGUCUUGUGGACUACGUACAGCCUCUGCUGAAGAAGUACAGGGUAACAGCUUACCUGUGUGGCCAUGACCACAACUUGCAGUACCUCCAGGAUAAAGAUGGUAUUGGAUACAUUCUAAGUGGAGGAGGAAAUUUCAUGGAAAACUCAAUGAAACACGAAUUUUCUGUUCCCCAAGGCUAUCUGCGAUACUUCCAAGGAGACCCUGUUACUAUGGGUGGAUUUGUAUAUAUUGAUAUUACUCCUAAAACAAUGAAUAUAACAUAUAUACAGCCUGGAGGAAAAUGUCUCUACCAGACUACUUUGUUCCCACGUGUAAACUAACCUGGUUGCUAUGGAAAUAGGUCUGUUGACUUGUUUACCAGUGGCUUAAAUAAUAUCAGAAUCCGUUGGUUUUCAUUUUAGCACUAUAAAUAUACCUCAGUUAGUUAAAAAAAAAUGAGCAUUAAACUUUUCUUAAAAUGAAAGAAAACAUUUUUAAAUUUAUUUUUCAUAGUUUUAAAGUUUACAGUAUUUUCUUCCAUUAUAAAAUAUAAUAAAUAUAAAAGUCAAAGAAUCAAAAUUUUAAUGUGAUCUCAGACAUGUGAGAAACACAUUUCUAGUACCUUGUUUUGUUUUAAUUAUCUUUUGAAAGCUGCUACUUUUUCUAUUUCACCCUAGUUAUCUGUGAUGUUUAUCUGUCUAAAAUCCAGUUUAAUUUUUUUAAAUGACAUAUUAUCUGUUAAACAAAUUUUAAACAUUUUAUAUCCUUCUAAGAUGUAACAUUUCAGUGUUUUGCCUGUUAUUUUAAAUAAAGAUUCAUGCAAUCGGCUCAA